AUGCACCAGCUGCAUCGAGCAUGGUUAUACAUAGCACACACACGAUUGCAAGACGCAUUGCAUCCCACAGCAGAUCAAUUUAAAGUCCCCCAUGACCUGCAGCGGGUCGUGUUGCAGGACGUCUUUAUUGGAAUAUCGAGAAACGGGCGGCAGCCGUCAUCACAGGAGACGGACGUCAGCUCCAGCAUAACCGUAGGUGAGUACGCCGGGCACGAUGUACCCUGCCUAGACGAAUUUUAG